GAGAGAAAAUCCCAAGCAGGCUUCACACUUAGCAUGGAUCCCAACAUGGGGCUCGAUCUUGACUAUGAGAUCCUGACCCUUAAGAUCAUGACCUGAGCUGAAAGCAAGAGUCAGACACUUAACCGACUGAGCCACCCAGGCACCCCUGCUUUUUAUUGGUACAUUUUUAGAGGCUGAUUGCCUCUUCUUUUGGUUAGUGAAAGGGCUGAACUCUUCAUGUCCCUGUGUUACAAAUGAGAAAGAGACAAUAAUCCGCCGAAGAGUAGCUUGGAAUGGAACCACAAUGUCAAAUAUUUUCAUGCUCCUUUUUUUGCUGCUCUAUUAUGCUCUCUUUCUUCACUGGGGCCCUGGUAACAGUCACCUGCCCCAGUGUUCUCAGGCAUCAUAGACUCCUGAGAGAAAAGUUUACAGAGCCUUAUUCUGAAGCAGCACUUUUAUCCUAAGAGCCAUAAACCCUUUUAACAUUUCUUCUGAGUCCACGGAAUGCUUUCUAAAUUUAUGUCCCUGGCAGUAUGGUUGCACAAUUCUAAAAUGCAAGAUUCACCUCUAAAAUGUUCUUUGAUAUUUCAUUGACUGUAUUCAUCACACUCCACUGUGGACUAUGUUUCUAUAUGUAAGGACUCUCCCAGAAUGUUAAUGAUGAGGGGCACAUUUCUCUCAUAAAGAAGUAAAGAAGUAAAACCAAGCAGGAAGCACAAAGGGGUAGCAGACUGGAUACUGCCUCAACAACCAGCAGCAUUGUGCAGUCACAACCUCUCUUUGUCACUAAGCAACAAGAGGUUGACCUCUGAGAUUCUCUUUCCUUGGGCAUAGCCUCAAAAAGACAAGAGGAAAGUUUGCCUUUUCUGCUUCCUUCCUGGAAAGAUGCAAAGUGCUUUAGUAGGAUCCUGGCACAACACUGGCUUUUAUGGGCACUACAGAGGCCAAUUCAAGAGUGAAAGUGCUCAAGAAUACCGUCUUGCAGCCAAGCCCCAGCCUCCAGCAGUGUUCCUGCGGCGAUGUCAGGAGCCAGCACAGCAACACUUCUUCUCCAAGCAUGACAACCGUACUUCUUUCGACAAAGAGGGCCCCUACUGCCUGCUGCAGGGAAUCGGAAGGCGAAAAGACCUGGAGCACCUGUGGCAGCGGCACACCUUCCUGCGCUGGGCACCCUGUGAGCUGGAGUUGAGCCAGCAGCGGCCCCUUGAAUCCUCCUACCAGGCCAAUUUCCGGUCAGGCCCUGGACUCAGUGACCUCCCCCAGCGCCUUGUCCACUUUGUGCAGAUCCAGCCUCCCCGUACCAGCACCACCUAUCAGCAGAACUUCUGCCAACCAUCCCAGGGUGGCCAUUGUGGCAGCAACAAUGUGGGGCCAGUCACCAACACACUGCCUGACCUCCCAGGGAUCCCAAGACCCAAGCUGCUGCAGCAUUACCUUCAUGCUGGGGUCUCUGAGUGUCUAAACUGGUCCAGAGCAUUAAACAAGGAUGGCUAACA